CGGAUGUUGUCAAUAGCAACACAACAAGCAAGAUGGCGGACACAGAAAGUGUUGAUACACACGAUACAAGUAAUGAGGCUGGGGACGAUCCUUUGCAGGAUUUAACUGAUGAACAGUUGUACCAACUUGUAGAAGAUACAUUGCGUGCCAAUGAAGUGCUUGGGACAGAAACUCAGAUGUUUGAGAAGUAUCUCAAGCGUGUUGAGCCAAAGGACAUGGCUGGCAUCGCAUCAGGUUCUGGAGCAACCCCUUCACAGUCAAAUCAAGACCUGGUUCGCCGGGUCGAUAGAAAAAGGUCCAAGUCUCGCAGUAGUAAUAUUGACAAGUCCCUGCGACUCACUGCAGAACAGAAAUGUGACAUUGCACAAAGAGAAAUCGAUGAACUAAGAGAAGAGAUUGAUAAAUUGAAGGAAGAAUCAGAAAAAGUUCUUGACUUGUACAAGGCAAUAAUGGAGGAGGCUGACCUGAGACUGGCAGAAACCAAGAAGGAAUCCUAUGAGUUUGACAGGGAUAUCAUGAAAGGUUCUGUCAACCAGUCUUCAGGAAAAGUUGUUGCUGAAAAAAUAGUCCGAUAUUUUGAUGAUAAAAUACGUUCAAGGGACACCUUGAUAGAAAAAUUACGAUUGAAGAACUCCACGCUGAAAGUUCAGAAGAAAAAGUUACAUCUUCAGUUAAAACAGAAAGAAGAGAUGGGUGAAGUUCUGCAUGAAGUUGAUUUUAACCAGUUGAGAAUUGAGAACCAGCAGUAUCUGGAGAAAAUUGAUGAGAGGAACCAGGACUUGUUGAGGCUGAAACAGAUGGCUGGUACCACAAUACAAGUCCUGAAUUCAUAUAAGAAAAAAUUAUCCACAUUAACAAUGGAGUCAGAGCGACUGAAGUCAGAGAUAACGUCGAGAAAUGACCUGCUCACAAGGAUCGAUGCUGAGACUACUGUUGUUGAAGCUGAGCGUUCAAAAGCAGAGAAAAGAAAUCGUAACUUACGUCAGCAGCUGGCAGACUAUCGUGUACCCGAGGUGAUGGAGUAUGUAUCAGAGAAGGCAGAUUUGUAUGAAAUACAGAAAAAGGUGAAAAGUUGGGAACGAAAAGUAGAAAUUGCGGAUAUUCACCUAAGAAAAUCAAGGAAGCAGUGGGCUGGUUUAGGGUUAGAUGAAUGGGGGAAAAUGACAUUUUGUCCAGGGAAAGGUAGAUGGUAUUUUGAGAGGUGGGUGGGUAGAAUGAGAGAGGGAUUGAACAAAAAAAAUACUGCUGGAAACGAAGAUGGCGCUAAAAACACACAGAAAGACGUGGCAACAGAUGAAGAUCAGUCAUGAAAUGGCGAACCAGUUUCACAUGAUGGAAGCUCAUUGAUAUAUUAUAUAUGUUUUUUAUCUUAUGUACAUAUAUAUCAUUGUGUCACAUUGUUAAUUAUUUGUUUUGUAAAUAAUAUGUUUUGUUGUUCAAGAAGUACUGUGAUCUUUGUGUUAUUUUACACUGGCCUUUUGGACUUCCUGUGGUGUGCAAAAUAUAUAUAUAUAUCCUGUAUUUCUAGAAUUGCACAGAAUGAUUUCAGAGCUGAAAUUCAUGCCACCAACAUGGAACUUAUAAGAAUUGAUAAAGGUGUGCUUGACAAAAAGAAAAGUUUGAUAAAUACUGUCAAAGCAUUUUAAAAGUAUGGAUAACUAUGUGUCUUAUUUACUCACAAGUUAUUUUUGGAAGUUAAAAGAUAAUGAUCUUUAAGCAGUAAAGUGGAAUAAGUUUUUACCAGUGCAAUGUUAAAAAAGAUCAUGAAGUACCAUGAAAUGUACGUGUCAGGGUCACAGCCAGUGGUCUUGAUGUAAAAUGUUAUACAGGAUUUGAACCAUAAGUGAACUAACUGGGAUAUCAAACAUAUUCCUGCAAUGUGACAUUUGAUAUGAAUAUAACUUUCAUGAAAAUGCUUUGAAAUGUUAAACCUGCAGUUUGAAAAGUUGAUAAAUGUGCGGAAAUAGUGUCCUUGGUUUGACAAUGAAUUAUUUAACUGAGAUAUGGUGAUGUCAGAAAUGCACUAGAAUUCAUUUUAGUUAGAAAUUAAGCUAAUGCAAUUUUAGUGCAUUUAUCAUGUUUGCAUUAAUUAACGUGAACACAUUAUUUGCAUUCAAGAAAAAUAGUCUGUGUUGCCUUAUAAGGUGUAACUACAAUUAAGUUGAUGACUGUUUUUGCAAGUUUCCUGGUGCAUGGUUAUAAGAUAUCUGUUGUUGUCACAAUUUGAUAAAUAUUUUGUUAAUUAUGGAUAAAUGUUACACCUUUAGUUUUUAUAUUAUCUACAUACUGCAAUCUCUUCAGAUUUUGCUACAAAACAUUUUGAGCUUCAGUUGAAUACUUAUAGUAAUUACACUUUAGGAAAACACUUGAUAUCACCUGUACAUGUGUAGCAAGUUUUAUCCCUAGGGUGGACAAGAGUUGACUGAAGCCUAAAGUUGUCUAUCUUCCAUCAUGUGUAGAAGUUGUCAGCUUAUUUUGUAGAACCAAUUACAACAUUGUACUAAUUCCGUUUAGUUAACCGACAAUUUAGUAAUGGUGUUAAAUUGUUUUGAAAAAGGUAAGCUAAAGUAAGCAUAUUAUUUACUUAUGUACCGGUAGUUGUUAUUUGAAUAUUUUUAUGUCAGCCCUUGGAAGUUUGAGUAAGGAACAACUGCUUUAUGUUAGUAAAUCUAUGUCAGUGAUUCAUAUAUUUCUAUCAUUAUAUUAUGAUGUAUGUUUGAGAGAAUAAAUACAUUUAUUUACAUGGAA